AUCACCAACAAACAGCAUGGGUACCUUGCCGCAGCUGGCCGUCGUCAAGGGAAAACUGUGUCCCCUGCAGCCGACCUUACUCCAUCGGACCUUUGAGGCGAACGUUGACAAAUUCUGUGGCACCGAUACGGCACUCAUCUACAACGACGAUGCACGUGGUGAGGUGAAGAUCAACUACAAUGUGCUCAACUCGACGGCGAACCGUUUGGCCUCGGCCAUGCUGAACCGCAUCAAGGAUCACUUCCGUUCGUCGCCCAACACCGACGGUGACUACAUCGUGGCCGUGUGCAUGCAUCCGACCGAUCGGCUGGUAACGACACUGCUUGCCAUAUGGAAGGCGGGUGCCGCCUAUCUGCCGAUCGAUCCGACCUUCCCACCGAAUCGCAUCCAGCACAUCAUGGGCGAGGCGAAACCGGCCCUCGUUGUGUAUGACGAUGACUACGAUAAUGCGGCCAUCUUCGGGAAGACACCCGCCAUCAGCUAUGCCGAGCUGCGCAAGCGUGCGAGCGAGCUGAGCAACGCCAACAUCCGACCGGAAGCGAUGCUCGGAAAGGGUGACUCACAGCUGGGUCUGGUACUGUACACGUCUGGUAGUACCGGAGUACCGAAAGGUGUUCGCCUUAAUCAUGAGACCAUCCUAAAUCGUCUCCAAUGGCAGUGGAGUCGGUUCCCAUACUCUUCCACCGAGCGUAUCGGUGUGUUCAAGACGGCCCUUACAUUCGUCGACUCGGUCACCGAGAUAUGGGGCCCGUUGCUAAACGGCAUGGCAAUUGUAAUAGUGCCAAAGAAGAUUACCAACAAUCCCGAAAAGCUCGUCGAACUGCUGGAACGCUAUCGCAUCGAACGGUUGGUCCUCGUACCGACUCUACUCCGUUCGCUUCUUCUCUAUCUGCCCCUCCAACAACAACAACGGCCACAAUCCGGUUCGAAACUACUGUACUGUUUGCGCAUCUGGGUGUGCUCCGGUGAACCGUUACAGAUUUCGCUGGCACGUGAAUUCUUCGACUACUUCCAGGAAGGGAUGCACCAGCUAUGCAACUUCUACGGCUCAACCGAGGUGAUGGGUGACGUCACCUACUUCGUGUGUGAGUCGAAGAAACAGCUGGAAGGUUACGAGAAAGUACCGAUCGGUUAUCCACUAGAUAAUACGAUUAUUUACAUCAUGAGCCCGGAUUUGCAGCCAGUACGAACGGAAGAAAUUGGCGAACUGUACGUGGCAGGGUUGAAUCUAGCGGAAGGGUAUGUUAAUGGACGUGACCCGGACCGAUUCAUCGACAAUCCAUUGGCCAUCGAUCCUUCCUUUGGCCGGCUGUACAAGACGGGCGAUUAUGCUUCGGUCAGCAAGGGAUGCGUGUACUACCAGGGACGCAUGGAUUCACAGAUCAAGAUCCGCGGCCACCGGGUGGAUCUGUCGGAGGUGGAGGCGAAUCUGCUCGGGCUGACCGGUGUGGAUAAGGGUAUCGUACUUUGCUACCAUGCCGGUGAGAUCGAUCAGGCACUGCUCGGUUUUGUGACGCUCGAGCAGGGCACCCACUACCAGACGGGGCUGCAAGUGGAGGCCGCACUCGGGGACAAGCUGGCUCACUAUAUGAUCCCCCAAGUGAUACUGCUCGAGAGUAUUCCGCUGCUCGUAAACGGCAAAAUCGAUCGUCAAACGUUGCUGAAGAUGUACGAAAGCACCAACAACAAUGAUGAUACCCAGAUUGAGAUCGAGUACGAUUAUACCAAUGUUCCGGCGAGUCGCAUGGCCAUCGCAAAGGAUCUUUUUGAAACAGUAGGUCACGUGAUUGGUCGCUCGACGCGAGCCAAGAUUUGCUUGACAAGCAACUUCUACGAGCUUGGUGGCAACUCACUCAACUCGAUCAUCACCGUUACGCAGCUGUGCGGCAAGGGAUAUCCAGUGAGCAUUACGACGUUCAUCGGGGCAAAGAAUUUGGGAGAAAUUCUGGACAAAAUUUGUGCCGACGAACGAGAACUGCAAAACCAUCAGCUCGCAGCGAAUGGUAAUGGAAGUGCGGAAGGCGACUUUGACUAUCGUAUGCAGCUGACCGCACACCCAUUGGCAAUCGAACACAAAAAUGACACCAUCAACAUAAUCACGUCAAGCUUCUUCGAGAAGGCGGACCUGGAACAGUGGCUUAAGCCGCAAAUCCACGAAACAGACUACCGGGAUAUCCUGGAAGACAUCUGGAUGGUGCUUAUCGAGAAGGGGCUCAGCUUCAUCAUCAAGGAUGAAACUGGCCGCUCGGUAGGUGUGUCGCUGAACUUCGAUGCGCACGAUGAACCCGAGGUGACCGUUACAAGCAAAUUGAUCAUUGUGUUCGAGUUUUUGGAAUUCGUCGAAGGACCAAUCCGGGACACUCAACUGCCGACGGGAAAAAAUCAGAUCCUGCACUCCUUCAUGAUGGGCACGUGUGCGGAACUGUCGGCACAAGAAAACAUCGAGGCUAUGCACUUCAUGGAGAAUGAAGUGCUCAAGCUGGCGAAGCGUAGAAACUUUGCCGGCAUAUUCACCACCAACACCAACCCGCUCACGCAGCAGCUCGGUUCGAACGUGUACAACUACAAAACGAUGCUGGACUAUCAGGUCAAUCAGUUCGUGUACAGUGCGGACGGUACGCGACCGUUCGCGGCGGCCCCAGACAAUCAACGCGCCAUAGUGCACUGGAAGGACAUUCGGUGUUGA